GAGUGAGAGAGUGAGAGAGUGAGAAUAAAAUAAAGAGAGAGAGAGAGAGAAGAGAUAUGAUCGUUUACGUUCCCGGCAGAAUGCCAAGGCACGUCGAGGCCGCGGCUCGUCUCGGGGCCUACCAACCGGGCUACUACGGGCGGCAGCUGCUGCUGGUGCGGCCCGCCCUGAGCUGUCCGCCAUCGCCGCCGUCCACGCCGCCCCAGCAGCUGCUCGCCAGGACGACCUGGCCCCACGGCAUGCCCCACGACGAGGAGAUGCUCGGCGUCACGGGCCAACACCAUGGGCCGGUGGUCGUCGACGGGCCCCCGAGUCCAGCCCACAGUGACUCGGACGCCUCGAGUUCCAGCCUCGAGCUCGGCUCCCUCAGAACUGGCGAGCACGCUCAACUCAAGUGCAGGUGGCAAAAUUGCGGCAGGUGGUUUACGUCUCUGGAACGACUGGCGGAACACGUCGGCAGGUUGCACGCGGCCCCCGGCCCUAGGGGUCUCUUCUACUGCGGCUGGGAGGGAUGCCAGAGGGGCGAGCGUGGCUUCAAUGCAAGGUACAAAAUGCUGGUGCACGUGCGCACCCACACGAACGAGAAGCCGCACCACUGCUUCCAGUGCGACAAAAGCUUCAGCCGCGCAGAGAACCUCAAGAUCCACGCGCGCUCCCACACGGGCGAACGGCCUUACGUUUGCCCGGUCGAGGGCUGCAACAAGGCUUACUCCAACUCGUCGGACCGCUUCAAGCACACGCGCACCCACGCGGUCGACAAGCCCUACUGCUGCAAGAUCCCGGGUUGCCCCAAGAGGUACACCGAUCCCUCCUCACUGCGCAAGCACGUGAAAACCUACAGGCACUACGUCAACAACAACGACAAACUCCAGGAGAAGAGCCUCGACGAUGCCCCCGUGAGCCUGGCUGCACCACCGAGCCUACCCCUCGUCAGCAAGCCGGCGACACUCGAAACCACGCCGGAGAAAAGGGCCGCCGUCAGCCCGAGGUCCGACUCUGAUAAGAAGGACUCGAGCCUCGAGAGCAACACCACCAGCAUCUCCGUCUGCUCGCUUGGCAGCGAGAGCCCGAAAGUCGCCUCCUCGUUGACGAGCUUCGAAGAUCAGCAAAAGUUCGUCGAAUGGAACAACGUAUACAACAUGCAGGAGCGCAAGGAGCACCAGGACGCCCAGACCACGGCGUCGUCCUCGUCCUCCCUCUCCCUCUCACUGUCCUCGUCCAAGAGUAGCUACGAGCACGAGCUCCAUCCCGGCCGCUACAGCCGCUCCUCCAUCUACGACGAGUACAUCCUGCCGGACUUACACAUUCCGAGCUUGAGCCAGCAGCCGCCGACCUACCCCGUAGACCUGAAGCCGUACGUGCCGGCCUCGCCACCCGAUCACCUCCUCGCGACGACGCCGCGCAUGGGCAUGCAGUCGACCCCGAUCAAGAGCGAGGAUAAGGCCAGCGGCGUCGACUACAGGAACAUCGAGUCGAUUGUCAACAGCAGCAGCAGCAGCGCCAGCACCUGCAGCAGCGGCACACCGCUCAAAAAGGACUUGCCGCCUACGACGGUCGGCUGCUACGUCACCGGCGACAUCGUUAGGAAUUCCGUUAUAAAGCGCGCCGAUGCCCAACAGCAACAUCAUCAUCAGCAACAGCAGCAGCACCAGCAACACGCCGCCGUCGAAUGUUGUUGCCGCCACAAGUGCUGUCGUCACGCCGACAGCGACAGCAUCCUCGAGAAGACCAAAAUCCUCUCGGAACUCAUACUAAAGUCCCAGAAUCCUCUGUUCCGGCACUUGCUCGCCUCGGCCGACCUCCAAUACGGCCUGCAGAAUAUGUGGUCCGGCCAUCAUCAAUCCAGCCUGCCCGAGUCGACGAUCACUGGGAGUGGCGGCGGUGGCAGCACCUGCGCUCAGGACCUGAGGGCCAAAUCCGGCGAGAGUUUGCCCACGGACAUGGAGCAGGACCUGCCCCUCGAUCUGACAAUCAACAAAUGACCUCGACGUUACUUUGUUUUAUUGUUCGGUUAUCCUGUCAUCCGCUGAGUGAUUUACAAUUUUGGUGUAGUCACGUAAGAGUUAUGUGGUUAGCAAAGAUCAGCCUAUAUGUGUCUAAUCGGACGCGCAGCGAUAUUACACUACGCCCAACUGGAUUCCUAUUAAUCGUCCUCGUUGUUUUUGU